GAAGGUUCUCUAGAGUUUUCCGGGGAGAAAGGCGGGAGCUGGGGUGGCCCCCGGGCUCUAGGCUUCCAGAGGCAGACCCCCCAGACGUGCUCCCGAAGGAGAGGCAGUUAGCAGGACUGACUUUGCAGGAGCGCUGGGACGCUGCGCGGUCGGCUGCAGAACCGUGCGAGGAAGACGCGAGGACCUGGAGGCUGCCCUGCAGGGAGAAGGAACCCGCCGAAGGCAGCGGGGCCCUGGGCAGUGUGCUGUCCCUGAGCUCAGGCUUCCCGUCUGCAGCGGACCCCAGCGGUUCAGGGAAUGAGUGUUUAAUAUCAGAAAGUUUAGGAAACCCCCCUUCGUGGAAAGUCUUCGUUUUGUUUUUCUCCCUUAGUCCGUGGAGCACAUUUAGCUUUUGUGCUUUUCAGCCUAGCGCUUUCCAUACUGGUGCAAGGUCUUUAGCCCAGCAGAAAGCUUAUAGCCCAGCUUUGAUUAAAGAUGGCUUCCUUGAUCACUCAAGAAAUUCACCUUUCUAAAAGGCAUGAAGAAAUAGUAUCACAAAGAUUAAUGUUACUUCAGAAAAUGAAGAAUAGUUUUCAAGAUCAAAACACAGAAAGAGCAUGUCUCCUUCAGGCCACCGAGACUGCUUCAAAAAGGAACCUCAGUCUCUUGCAGGAUAUAGAAGCUGCAGAGAAGUCCUUAGAGACCAGGCUAAAGCCACAGCCACAGCCUGCGGUCCGUUCUCUUGAGAUUCGUUACUGGGCAUCAGUAGAAGAACAUGUCCCCAAGUGGGAACAGUUCCUUUUAGGAAGAGCACCAUAUCCAAUUGGUGGUGAAAAUCAAAAUGAGGCAGGAUACACCAUUCAAAACAAGUUCGCUUACAGGGAUAAAAGUCUGCCUUGUUUAGCUGUUCCUGUCCGGUAUGGUUAUCAGAAAAUGGAUCCACAGGACUGGGUUCCUCCUCUGAGAUUUUUAUCUACAAAGGAUUCAAUAUAUGGUCGGUUUCAGGACUGCUCUGUAUGGUUUUUAAAAAGACCUAUGAUAGCUGGAAAUGGCUACUGAACUCUGACUGACUUGAAGACUCCCAUCCUUGUGAAAACAAAUAACCUCACCAUCAGUGUUAUUUCUCAACUUGCCCUCCCCUCUCCUUUCUACCAACAUUCUCUUUAAAUGUAAAAAUAUUCUAACUGUGGAGGCAGCUUCUGGGGAGGUACUGCAGUGAACUAUUCUGAAUUGCAAACCUGUGGUUUUGUUGUCAUGUCUCAAAGAUUAUUCUUCCUUAUAUUUUGUGUUGUCUUUAAGACAGAGUUUCACUCUAUAGCCCAAGCUGGUCUUAAAGUCACAGCCAUCCUCCUGCUUCAGCUUCUGAGCACUGAGAUUACAGGUAUGAGCCCCCACACUCAGGUCACGUGUAUUUUUAAAGUAGACAAUGGGCUGAGUUAAAACUCACACAAGCCCUCACUAUAACAAAAAUCUAGUCAUGCAUCUACUGUGCAACACGCCCCUUGUUCACUGCCAUCUUGGGAAGUCCUGUUGAGUGGGGGUUGGUGUGGGUAACAAUAACAUUGUUUUCAUAAUAUGUGCUGGCAGAUUAGCACACUUCUCUGCAGUGUUAACAGUUGUAAUUAAGGAAUAAACAGCACAGGGUGUCAGUCCGAUGACAAUUUCAUCUAUAGUGUCACAAUACAAAAUGUCACAAAAUAUUAGAGCUGUUAUAUAGCUAUGAAAAGUACCGGCUUAAAGCUGAAGGCAUCUUUAAGAGAGAAGACAGAGGAAGGGGGAAAUAGGAAGGCUGACUUAGCGGCCAGACAAUUUUAUACAUUCUCAAGACUGUCAUGAAAACAAAUUGAUAAUUUUUUCUGUUACAUUACAGUUUGGGCUCCAGCCAUCCAGUUGAUUUAGCAGAAAAAUGCAGGUUUCUUAGCAGCUCCAAAUUGGUAAACAGAUUUAAAUGUAGGAAGGAACAUGAGGAAGGUUUUUUAAAAAAAAAAAUCCAGUCUCCCAGCAUAUGCACAUAAGAAGGUGAAUGAAGCAAUGUGAAACUUAUUUCUCUUAGUCAAGUGAAAAAAAGGCUAAACAUUUGUUAGCUAGUAAAAUAUUGUGUCAAGUAAGUAGGAGCAUUCCAAAAUUAAACAGUGGUUGAUACAUUACCGUCCUCA